AUGUAUUCUAAACUUACAUUACCACGUUUAACUAGCUUUAGAGGUACAUCUAAUGGACCUUCACGAAAUUCAACAUCCGACGGUCAUCCUUGGAUGUCAACACAAUACUUCAAGUUCAAGUUGAUUACAGAUGAUAGUAUCGAUGUAAUAGCUAAUAUGUUUUUACAAAAUAUGACGCCAGAAGGUCAACUACUAAUUAAAUACGAUUUUAUGUCAGCUGCUUACCAUAUGGACGAUGUUAGUGAUUUAAUCGAUGAACAAACAUGUGUAAAGAAGGCUAUAACGUUACGUUAUGUUUAUACUGACCGUUUUGACACAUACAUCGAAGACACUACACGAUAUAGAUGUACACUUGAUAAACUUGUUGAUCAUUGGUAUAUUCAA